AUGACUACGGGAUGCUGCUGACGGCCGAGAUGCUGCUGGAGGAGUGCCUGCAGGAAAACCUCGACCUUUUACGGAGCUCCACCCCUUUGAUGGACAAGGCCCAGCCCAGACUGGGCCGUGCCAAAAGCCACCUUAACACCGUCCUCAGCCGAGGCCGUCUCACGCCCAGGUAUCUGAACGAGGCUCUUCUGCUGAUGGCUAAAGUGCACUUUGUGCAGGGUCGCUACCGCGACGCCCAGGGCAUGUGUGCCAGGGUGGGACUGGAGGAGCUGACCCAGAACGAGCAGCCGACCUACCACCUCCGCCUGCUGGCCGAGGCUUUUGUGAUCAAAGGUCUGUCUCUGGACCACCAGACAGUUUCUGCAUCGUCCCGUGUCCGCCUGUCAGAGAGGGAGGAGGAGUGUCUGUCCUGUUACCUCAGGGCUUGUGACGCGGCCCUGUCCUACCUGCAGGAGCUCGAUAAGAUUUCAGUGACAACACCCCACACCAAAACAGCCAAAGCCAGUCUGGCUCCAUCACCAGUGGAUAUCGACCUGGGCUACUUCCUACAGGCUUCCUUACAAAGUGCUUACCUUUGUCUGCUGCAGAGGGGCCAUCUAGCACAGGGUGCUCAUCAGCUGCGUAGGAUCCUCAGGGUGGUGGAGUCACGAGGGUCUCAGAACUUCAAGAAGUCUGCAGCGAGAAAGCUAGCUGAGGUGCUGCUGAGCUCCGUCAGUGAGGACAGCUACUGGCCCCCGCUGGGCCCCCCACCCUCAGCCUGGCUUCUCAGGGAGGGAGCCGCGGCCUCCAAAGACGCCAUCUACCCCACUGUUAAACCCCCCCAACGUUACAGCACCGACGGUUGCUUCUGUCCUCAGGACGUGGUGGAGGAAGCUGUGCUGCUGCUGCUCAUCACAGAGUCCAUGGGCGAGGCGGUGAUCAGCCGUCUGCCAGACCAGCGGAAGCUCGUCAGGCCAGCGCAGGAUGCCACUGUUUAUGACCUGCUCACCAUUGAUGGCAGGAGAGGGCAGUACGGCAUGCUAUCUGAGUGUCUGGAGCGAGCCAUGAAGUUUUCUUUCAACGAGUUCCACCUCUGGCACCAGCUGGGCCUGUCACUCAUGGCGGCUGGGAAGGGCGUUGGUGCUGUGUCUGUAUUUAAAGAGUGUGCCAGGAUGACAGAGGACCCUUCAUUGCCCCUUUUGGCUGCUAAAAUCUGCAUUGGUCAACUCACUGGGUGUGAAGAUAGCCGGGCUCUGUCGCGGACUGUGUUGUCCAUGGGCGAAGAAGCCGAAGAAUUUCUACCUCGGGCCUACCUGUCCCUGGGACUCUGCUGCAGUUUACAGGCCUCUGAUGCCACUCUGAAAGGUGAUCGAGAUGAAUUAAACAAAAAAGCACUACAAGCUUUGAGCAAGGCUCAUUCAUUAGACCCCCAGGAUGCUCAGAUUGCAAUGUACCUGGCUCUGCAGCUGGCACUUGUGCGCCAGGUAUCAGCAGCCCUUGAGCCCCUGCAGGCAGCUUUAUCUCUCCGUGGGGAUGACUUACACUCCCUCCACCUGCUGACUCUGCUGCUGAGUGCCCAGAAACACCACCGUCAUGCCCUGGACACCCUUAGCCUGGCUCUCAGCCAGCACCCCAGCAACUUCAAGUAAAAACCCACUACACCGUCCCACUCACACAGGCAACAAUACAUGCUGGUGGAAGAGUUGAUUAGGGUAGGAGAGAUGUAAAUAGACUUUGCAG